AUGGGGUCUCCUCUCUCUUCGGUAGUCUCCGACAUUGUGAUGGAAAAGCUCGAACGAAAAAACAUCAACAAACUGCAGCAGAAAAACAUCACUCUCCAUGUGUACAAACGCUACGUCGACGACUGCUUUGUGGUAGGAAGAGAAGAAGACAUCACCACCGUUGUUGAUACCUUCAACUCAACGUACGAAAGCCUGCAGUUUACGUUGGAGAGAGAGAAAGACGCCUCCAUUAGGUUCCUCGAUCUCACGUUGACCAGAGCAGGACGAAAGAUCGAGAAGAAGUGGUACCCCAAACAAGAGAACGGUCGCUACCUGGACUACCUCUCGGAGAGCCCAAGGUGUCACAAACGUAACACUGCUAUCGCUCUGGUUGACCGGGCACUUAUGCUAACCGAUCCGGACAAGCGACCAGAGAGCAUACGCAUAGUAAAGAACAUCCUACUGACCAACAACUACCCAGCUUGGUUCAUCUCGCGCACUCUCAAGGAGAGGGUGCAUUUUCUGUACAACUCUCUCGAGCAGGAGAGAAAAAGGGACGAGAGAGCGAGCUCAUACGCAUCAGUGGCGUAUAUCCCCCACCUCAGCGAGAAGGUUGGGAAAGCGCUACGCAAACACGGCGUUGUUGCUGCAUACAAGCCAAACAACAAGAUCAAGAACACAGUUUUCAGCAAAUUGAAGGAUAAAAUCCCCAUGAUGCAGCAGACAAACGUCGUGUACAGCGUACCGUGCGGAGCCUGCGCCGACAAGGUGUACAUCGGACAAACCUCGCAGAAGCUUGAGAAGAGGCUGAAACAACACAAGGACGCGGUCAGAACCAACAACCCCAGCUCUGGUCUCGCCCAGCACUCUUUGGAGUUAGGACAUGUUUUCGACUUCUCCCGUGCGAGCAUUUUGGAGAAGGUCGAAACAGAGAGACUGAGAUGUACAGCAGAGAUGUUACACAUCAAAAUGAGGGGCAGUGGAGCAGUCAACCUGCAGAGAGAGUCGGCGUCGCUCUCGUCGUCGUACAACUGCCUGCUCAAGAAGAUACGCGAGACGGAAAGAGCGACGCGGUCAGCUGUAGCAGAUCAGGCGACCCAGCAGGAGGAGUAG